AUGGAAAACGACACCAUCAUGUCCGACCACCCGUCCCCGGGCAUUCAGCCCCUAGACGCACCACCAGAAGACCAUCAGAAGCAAGAAGCCCUCGCUGCAUUCACCGCAACCCUGCGCUCCGUAGGCACCAACCUCGAGGCGCCGCUGCGCGACCGCGCCGCCACCAUCGCCGCCAACGAAACGGCGUUACAGCGCCAGGAAGCCGAGCUGGCGGCGCACACGGCGCACCUGGCCCGACAGAAUGCGCAGUGGACGGGGUGGGCCGAGGAGACGCGGGAGGGGCUGAAGGAGAUUGGGGAUGUGCAGAAUUGGGCUGAGAUGAUUGAGCGGGAUUUGUUGAUCUUGGAGGAUAUGAUGGGGCAAGUGGAGAUGGGGGCGGAGGACGAGGGAGGAGAAGAAGAAGAAGAAAGGGAAGGGGGAGAGUCAAGAUCAAGAGCAAGCGCAGCAGAGGGGAUUGGGAGGGAUCCUGAUGAUUCGGAAGAUGAUGAUCGAAUGGCUGUGGAUGAUCUUCUCGGAGCGAGAGGAGCGGGAGAUGAAGAUGGAGCCGUGCAGAAUGGAAAUGGACUGUGGCAAGGGAAAGGAAAGGAAGUGGAUAGUAAGAAGUCGUCGAGAAAUUGGUUACGAUGGUGGUAA